GUGCACAGUUUCCUACGCCGCGGGGAAAGCGCAGGACACUUUUUCGCGUCGGUUUUUCAAAGCAAAUCCGUGAUAGUGGGUCCAAAUCUUCCAAAGGGCCAGGUGUGUAUGGAACCUUGUGUUUCCAUACUGCUUUGCAUUGAUUUUAAGAAGCUUUGUGUAACAGAGGUUAACAAUGUCAGAACUUUUUAUGGAAUGCGUAGAAGAGGAGCUUGAGCCAUGGCAGAGGAAAGCUCCAGAAGUCCACUUGAUAGAUGACGACGAUGAUGAUGAUGAUGAACCUAUCUUUGUUGGAGUCCUCAGUACAAACAAAAAGGAUGAUAAGCAAAGCCCUACACCUCAGCAGCGGAUCAGUGCAGGAAGACAUGAAAUAAAAGCUUCAGCUCCUCAGGGUGCCAUGGGCUCCUCACCAGUUGUCCUGCCUCUGAGUGUAGCUGGAAAUGCAGUGAAUUCUACAAAACCUAACGUAACUCCACAACCUGUUAUUGUCAAUAACCAGGUAUUUUCAGAACAGUGUAUAGACACCCCCACCCCAUCCCAGGGCUUCAUUGUAGCUUCAAAUCAACUCGCCAGCAAUCCAGAGUUCAUGGCCUCUCUUGGGAAACAAUAUCCUCCUGGAACUUCAUUUACAAUUGUACCAGCCGGUCAGCAAUUGUUCCAGCAAGUCUCUCCAGCAACAGUGAUGCCUGGUGUUGUCCAUAGACCUCAGGUGCAGCAAAUCAGCAAUAAUGUUGUGACUUUGUCUAAUGUCCAGAGCCCAGCUGUGUAUUCAACGCAGUCUAACCAGCUGCAAUCCAACUGGUCUAAAGCGCAGUCUAAUCAGUCCUUUUCUGUGUCUACUAAGGCCGUCAGCCAUAAUGCAGAGCUAGGAAAAGUAACUGCACCAGUGGAAAAUGGGAUCAUAAGGAAAAAGUGCCCAAGGUGCCAAUUAGAGUUUCUUCAACAAGAGGACUUGAAAAGUCAUAUGAUGAGUUGCCGGGCAACCCUUCCAUCAGUCGUGAAUAUUGGUGCAAACAAGCAUGUCAUGCUGGUCUCAGACUUCUACUAUGGCCGAUUUGAGGGCGAUGCCAGUAAAAAAGACAUGCAGAAGACCAACACCACUUUCAAGUGCCAGAGCUGUUUAAAAGUACUGAAAAACAAUGUCAGAUUCAUGAACCAUAUGAAGCACCAUCUGGAGCUGGAAAAACAGAAUAGCGAAAGCUGGGAAAGCCACACAACUUGCCAGCAUUGUUACCGACAGUACCUGACUCCAUUCCAGCUGCAGUGCCACAUUGAGAGCGCUCACAGUCCAAUUGAAUCUUCAACCAACUGCAAGAUAUGUGAAUUAGCAUUUGAGUCGGAGCAUGUCCUGUUGGAACACAUGAAAGAUACCCACAAGCCUGGGGAAAUGCCUUACGUCUGCCAGGUGUGCAAUUACAGGUCCUCUUUCUUCUCUGAUGUUGAGACACAUUUCCGGAGUGUUCAUGACAACACAAAAGAUCUCCUGUGUCCUUUCUGUCUCAAAGUUAUUAGAAGUGGUCAUAUGUACAUGCAGCAUUACAUGAAACAUCAGAAAAAAGGGAUUCAUCGAUGUGGAAAGUGCAGACUGAAUUUCCUUACGUACCGGGAAAAAGUGGAACAUAAUAAUGUCCACAAGACGUUCAGAAAACCCAAAGCCCUAGAGGGCCUUCCACCAGGAACAAAGGUGACAAUCCGAGCCUCUUUCAUAGGAAAGAUGCCUACAUUUCCCAACUCUCCUGAUCGUUCUGGUUUUGUCAGUCAAGAAAUGAUGCAGUGUAGUCCAAAAGUAUUUCCUCCAAUAAAUCUUCUGAAGUCUGGAGCAGGAAAGGCAAAGUCCUCUCUGAUGGGUGUAUCAAAGGCAAAAUCAGAAACCUCUGGAGCAAGAAAAUCCAAGAUCCUUCUCAACAGCGCAUCCAGAUCGAAAGUGCACAACCUGUCACUCAAGGAUCUCAGAAUCGAAAGUGGACGUUACACAUGUGUAGAGUGUGACACACGCAUUGAUGACUUCUUUUCUCAUUUUCCAAUUCUUUCAAAUUGUGGUGCAUGCAAAUAUCGCACCAGUUGCAAAAUUUCCAUUGGGAAUCACAUGAUAAGGUUUCAUAAUACGCUACCUAAAAACAGAUUUUUAAAAGUAAAAAAUCGGAGAAAUCCAUCAACAUUCAAGUGUACCCUAAUGUGUCUUAACUGUAAGCUCCGUGUGAAAGCAUCAGGUGGUGACGUGAUGACCAAACAUUUAACUGAGAGACCAAAUCACCAAUGCAGAGUCAUUCACGAGAAAGGUGCUAAAACCAAACCUCAGUAUGUCAUUGUGGAGCACCAACCAAUAGAGUUGGAUGCUGAGACAUUGGGUGAGUCUGCAACUGAAAUCAACGCGACACCGGUUGAAACGGUUACACCUGGAAGUGAUACACUUGCUCGUAUUGUUGAUCAGCCAGAAAAGUCAUCAGUAGCUGAGAAUCAGGAUGCCACUUCUGAAGAAAUGAUUAUUGAAGAUUCUUCUGAAAAGGAAUUGACAGAGUCAUCUGUACCCAGUUCCUCAUCUCCUGUUCCUACGGACGCGGUCUCUGAUCCCACUGAUAAGCCGAUGGGUGACUCUGAGGGUGUGGAUUCCAAAGAGAUGCUCACUGUAGCGCAAUCCCCCGUCUCACUGAUUGAACCUGAGCAUCAGGUGGAGGAGCAGCAUCUUAAAUCUGAGUGAAGACUGACUUUGCCAAAACAAUCCAACAGGAUAAAAAGAAAUCCACACUAAACUGUGACUCUCCAAAGUCUAUGUGUUGGGCCAGCCAAUGUUAGCAAGUAAGGACAAUAUUCUAUUGCAUAUUCGGCUAUCCUGGCAACUUCUUGUUGCAUAAAUAAUGUUGAAUGUGUAAUUAUGAAUGUUUACCAAAAAGUACUGAUUUACCCUUAAAAUAUGACCGUUCAUAUGAACGUAGUCAUGUUAGUGACAUAGAAAAAUAAAUGCCCAAAUUCUUCACA